AUGAAAGAACACCAUCCCCGCUGGCUGAGUCCAGAUGGUUCCGGAUCUAUCACAAGUGCGAUUCUCGCUCACUUGGUAGACACUGGCCAUCGUGUUGACCCAAGUGAAGCAUUGCGCAUUAUUUAUCAGGUCCUUCCGAACGGGUUCAAAUAUGUUGGAGUGCGAAUGUUGGCCAUAGUCGAGGCCAUCUGUAUUAAGCACUUGAUCCCCGAACUAUGUGCCCAGAAACGUGUUAUCCAAGCUCUGCAUCUCCCCUGGGUUUGUGAACCCACUCCUCCCCCAAGCCCCCUUGUCCACACACACAAACAUUUUCACAACAACACCGAUCCUUCAGAGCUGGGUCGCACGACCGUCGUGACACAACUGCAAAACCCAAAGGCACAUAUCUGA